AUGGAAUCAACCAAUCAAAAUACUCAAGAACAAGAACAAUCUUCUUCUUCUUCUCUUCGCAAGAGAUUGCUUGAACAGGAAGAUGAUACUGAUGCUUAUUACGGCGCUCUUUUUCCUCCAGAAGCUUAUGAUACUUCCAAACGCUUCAAAACGUACGACUUGUUAGCCAAUUUCGACAAGCCAAAACACGAAACCAUCGUUAUCUCUGCCCGUAAUGAUGAAGAAGUUCAAGAUGACAGUGAAAGUGCUGAUGGUGAUAGAAGCAAUGCCACGGGAACUCUCACAUUCUUUUCUAGAAACCAGCAAGAGGAGCAUCACAAGAAUAUCGAUGAUGAUAGAAGCAAUGCCGUGCAGACUCUCACAUCUUCUUCUUCUGCUCUUCGCAAGAGAUUACUUGAACAGGAAGAUGAUUCUGAUUCAUAUGAUACUUCCAAACGCAUCAAAACGUACGAUUUUUUAGCCACUUUCAAUGAGCCAAAACAUGAAACCAUGGUUAUCUCUGACAGUGAAAUUGAUGAUGAUGGUGAUGAUAAUAGAAGCAAUUCCGUGUGGACUCUCACAUUAUUUCCUAGAAACCAGCAAGAGGAACAUCACAAGAAUAUCGCAAGGACAUAUGCAGCACGAAUUCACAAUGCUUCGGAGAAUAAAAACAACGAUGUUGUGAGCAAUGCGGCUGAUAAAAUCGAUGAUGAUGAUGAUGUGGAAGAUGAAGUUGACGAUGAUUCUCCUACUUCAUUCUCCAAAGCAAUCAAAGUUGUUCAAGAAUGGGCCAAGAGAAACCAGAAAAGAGGGAUUGUUGAAAAAGAUUCGGUUAGGAGAAGGUCCUAUGUUUCCUCGUUGCAAGAACUGUCUCUUAGCAUUCUAGCUCGGCAUUCUGAUGCAAUUGCUUCGCUCGACUGUGUCAACGACGAGUUCAGACAAAGGCUUAGUAAUCUGCUGUGUGAUUCAAGAAAAAUGAACUGUCACUUUCUUGAACUACUUACUGGUGUUCCGACUCAAAUUCGGCUUACAGACUGUUCCUGGUUGACAGAAGAAGAAUUUACUAAUUAUUUUCAAACACUCGUCACUUCCGAAUUAGAGGUUUUGCAACUUGACAAGUGUGGAAGAAUUAUGAAUGAAUACACAUUACGUGCUACAUUGGCAAAGUCACCAAACUCCUUGUCUAAAUUAACCAUUCUAUCGCUCGCUGGUGCAUGUCGUCUUACGGAUGAAGGAUUGCGGUUACUAGUUUCGUCUGCAACAGAACUUAAAUCUAUAAACCUAAGCCAAUGUUCCCUUCUCACUUGUGCUAGUCUUGAAAUUUUGGCUGAUUCAUUAGAAUCAAUUUUGAAAGAGUUGUAUAUUGAUGAUUGCAUACUCAUUGAUGUUGCGCGGAUUUUACCGGCAUUGAAGCGAUUCAAGCAAUUACAAGUGUUGUCACUAGCUGGUGUUCCAACUGUUUCUGAUAAAUUUAUCAAGAGUUAUUUCAUCUCGUGCGGUCAUAACAUUAAGGAUCUUGUUUUAAAGGACUGCGUAAAUUUGACAGAUGCGUCGAUGAGAGUCAUUGCUGAAUAUUGUUCUAGUUUGCGCGUGCUUGAUAUUAUGAACUUGGAAAUAUUGACGGAUUUAUCUAUUGGUUAUCUUGCGAAUAGUUGUUGCGGAUUGCGUACAUUGAAGCUCUGCCGCAAUCCAUUCAGCGAUGAAGCGAUUUCGGUAUUUUUGGAGUUAGCUGGCAAAACCUUGGAAGAACUUUCUCUUAAUAGCAUUAAAAAGGUUGGCCUAUUGACAGCCACAUCACUUGCAAAGAAUGGCCAAAACUUGCAUACCUUGGAUCUAUCAUGGUGUCAAAAUCUGUCUGACAAUGAGCUCGGUUUAAUUGUCGAUAACUGCUUGUCACUGAGGUCACUUAAGCUUUUUGGAUGCUCGCAGUUAACAAAUAUGUUUUUCAAAGGACACUCAAACUCAGGGACUCAGAUCAUUGGGUUGAAGUUGAAUCCUUUAUUUCAGCGCUUCGAAGAGCCUAAUCGUAACAAAGGCAGUUUGCGUUAG